AUGUCGAUGGAUCUGGAUGCCCCCGUCCCCAUGACAGGACUGCAGGAGCAGCCUGUCGUGAUGGCGACUAUUCUGUGUUGUAACUGCGGUGCUCCGAUCGAUGGAACAGCUUCAGCUGGUGCUCUCUGCUCUGAAUGUCUGCGAAAUACUGUUGACGUCUCUCAGGGCAUUCAGAGAGAGGGAACCUUGCACUGUUGUCGAGACUGCGAGCGCUGGUUGCAACCACCCAACAGCUGGGUUGUUGCAACUCCCGAAUCCAAGGAACUGUUGGCCGUCUGCUUGCGUCGACUCCGCGGCUUGAACAAAGUGCGAAUCAUCGAUGCGAGUUUCAUCUGGACUGAGCCUCAUUCCCGCCGUAUCAAAGUGAAAAUUACCAUUCAGCAGGAAGCAUUCCAGGGCACGAUCGUUCAACAGACCUUCGAAGUGGAAUACGUGGUUGCUUCUCAACAGUGCGACGACUGCAAGAAGAGUUACACUCACAACACUUGGCGAGCCUCGGUACAAGUGCGACAGAAGGUUCCGCACAAGCGCACAUUCCUGUACCUGGAACAACUCAUCCUGAAGGCUGGUGCCCAUAAGGAUACAGUCAACAUCAAGGAAGCCAAGGAUGGUCUUGAUUUCUACUUUGCGCAGCGUAACCAUGCCGAAAAGAUGGUGGACUUUCUCCAAUCUACAAUCCCUUGCAAGAUGAAGAAGUCCCAGGAGCUCAUCUCCAUGGAUAUUCAUACCUCCACCAAGUCUUACAAGUUCACUUUCUCCGUGGAACUUAUUCCCAUCUGCAAAGAUGAUUUGGUCGCCCUGCCUAUUAAGCUUGCUCGUCAGUGCGGUAACAUCUCACCUUUGACCCUCUGCCACCGUGUUGGAACCGCCAUCAACCUUCUCGAUCCUUUCACUCUCCAAACUGCCGAUGUCACCAGCAACACCUAUUGGCGAUCUCCAUUCAAGAAUCUCGCCGACGUGACAGAACUGAAGGAGUUCAUCAUCAUGGAUAUUGAGCCUCUUGGUCACUCAAGCGGACGCUAUCAGCUCUCAGAAGCCACCGUUGCGCGAGCAUCUGAUCUUGGCAGUAACGACACAACAUACUACACGAGGACUCAUCUUGGUGGCAUUCUGCACGUUGGUGAUUCUGUCCUGGGCUACCACCUGACUGGCACAAUUUUCAAUGACCCCAACUUUGAAGCCAUCGAGGCUAGCAACCAGUACGGGUCAACGAUUCCGGACGUCAUUCUCGUCAAGAAGCACUAUGCUCGCAAGAAGAAGCCCAAGAACCGCGCCUGGCGCCUCAAGCGUAUGGCUCGCGAGUACGAGGAGGAAGCCUUACAGCAGACUCGUCGUCAAGAGCAGGAGCAGGAUCGCCUCGAGCAAGACUUUGAAAUGUUCUUGCGCGAUGUCGAGGAGGAUCAAGAGCUCCGCCAGACCCUUGAUCUGUACAAGGCUCGUCGCAAGCCUGAGCAAGAUCAUGAAAUGGAUGAGGACAGCGGCAGUGACGAUGAGGUGCCCAAGAUCGACAUGGAGGAACUGCUCGACGACUUCGACGAGUUGAACAUGAACGAAGAAUAA